CUAAAAACAACCCCGCGUGAUGGGGAUCAAAAACUACGUAAACUCGGACAAGUCUUAGUAUAAAUAGAAGUCCAUCAGACGGUACAGCAGAACUCAGGAAUCAUUAAGAUGAAGGUUUGGUUGUCUCUAUUACUGGUGCUGGCCGUACUCAGUGUACUUGAGGCUCGGCGAGGCGGGCGCAGACGAGAAUGGCGGAGGCAGAAGUUCGCCGCACUACAGUCGGCAAGUCACGGAGAUCCGAUGAUGGCGAACGAUGACGAUAUCAAAGACGAUGACGAGGGGUCGGUGUAUAAAAACGACUGGAUGUCUAGGAAACAGAGAAAAAUGAAUAGGAAGCGCCAAAGGAAAAUGAAAUGGAUGAAGAAACGUCGUGGUAUGAUGACAACAGAUGAUUCUGACGAAGAUAAGACGGACGAGGUAUCGAACAGUUACGAGAAUAGUCAUUCAAUGAUCCACAGGCGACGAUGGGGCGCUGGUAAAGGAGACAGAGCACAGAGACGUCAGAAAUGGAGGAAAAUAAAGAAAAUGAAGAAAUGGAUGCAUAAGAGACCCAGCUGUUUCUGUCUGCAGAGCGAGCAACUGGAGAAGCUCCGAGAGCUGAUCAAAAAGGAGGGGCUAGAGUCAGACUUCACACAGGUGAUGCCACCAGAGGAAGAUACCACCGACGCUGAUACAUCGGAGGUGUCUGACAAUACAUCUGAUGCGUCUAACGACUUCACUGAGGAUGUUGACGACGAUGAUGACUUCGAUGAUAGCGAUGAUGAUGAUUUCACAGAUGAAGUAACAACAUCUGUUAAUGAAGAACUUCCUGAAAUGACAACAGAAUCGUUUGUAAUUUUAGAGUAAACUCUGAGAACUAAAA